AGAGGCAUGCUCGCGCGACAACCUGGCCCAAUCCUCCCAUCGACGUCCGCAACUUCAACGCAAUCUCUCCGUCGAAUUGAAGAGAGCAUAUAGACCAUGCGUUCAAUCAUUCCACUGCUCUCGCUGAGCGCGCUGCUCGUCCCAGUCCAAUCCCUAUACUUCUAUAUCGAUGGAACGACGCCCAAAUGUUUCUUCGAGGAAUUGCCCAAGGAUACGCUCGUCGUGGGACAUUACUCUGCGGAGGAAUUCGAUGAAGAUAGGAAGACGUGGAGCAAGCAUGAUCAGUUGAAUAUUUUGAUUACAGUUGAUGAAGUAUUCGACAACGACCACCGCGUCAUCAACCAAAAAGGGUCCGCAUCAGGGCGCUUCACAUUCAGCGCAGCCGACUCAGGCGACCACAAGAUCUGCUUCACAGCCUCCUCAACAGCCGUCAACAACGGCUGGCUCUCCGGCCUCACGCCCCUCGGCGGCGUGCGCCUCACGCUCGACCUGGCCAUCGGCGAGACCUCCCAGAUCGAGAGCACGGAUAAGGGCAAGAUCCAGGACAUCGUCAAGCGCGUCAAGGAUCUGAAUGGCAGGUUGCAGGAUAUCAGGAGGGAGCAGGUCUUUCAGAGGGAGCGCGAAGCCGAAUUCAGAGAUCAAUCCGAAACCACCAACGCCAGAGUCGUGAGAUGGACAUUGGUACAGCUGGUCGUUCUAGGCAUCACCUGCGCCUGGCAACUAUCGCAUCUGAGAUCCUUCUUCAUCAAGCAGAAGUUGACUUAAAAACAUGCAUGAGCGCGAGAGCGAAUUGAAGAAGGGGCUUGUUCCAGGGUCCGGACCAGGAAGCUAUGUAGCUAGGACUGGUCCAGUAGAGAGAAAGCUCUGUUGUGAGAUUUGUUUUUGUAAAGUAGAAAAAUUACCUAGGGAGGGAAAGCAAAGCAUGGCAUAUGCCGGACGGAGUAAUUCAAGAUCAUUUUGACACGAUUUACGCUCUACUCAAGUGUGUUUUUACAAGAUCACUGAAUUGGUGGAUGAUAGGUAGGUAUUAGGAUGGGCAUGAGUGCAGCGACAAUCACGG